GAUGCCAUACGCGGGCACGUUCGUUUGACGUCACACUCAUCUCGCCAGGUACAGAAGUCCAUGGUGCAAAAUGAAAACAACUGUUGCAUAAACUUCAUUAUUUCCGCGGAAGCUAGUCGCAUGUAGAGACGGAUUCACGUUUGGAAGGAUCAUGGCAGAGAAACCUCAGCUGGUCAAUAAUUCACCAGAGGACGUUGAGAAAGAUGAGUGCAUGAGCACAUACACACACGUCUACAGUCCUGAUCUCCUCAUUGAUCAGGUGGCCUUUAUUACCGGUGGAGGGUCAGGUAUUGGCUUUCGAAUAGCAGAAGUUCUGAUGAGGCAUGGUUGUGACGCUGUCAUUGCCAGCAGAAAUCUAGAGAAACUCACCGAGGCUGCAAAAAAGUUAACCAGCGCCACAGGCAGGAGGUGUUUGCCAAUUGCCAUGGAUGUGCGUCAACCAGAGACGAUUUCUGCUGCUGCGGACGAAGCCUUGAAGACAUUUGGACGUGUUGACAUACUUAUUAACAACGCUGCAGGUAAUUUCUUGUGUCCAGCUACGUCGUUGUCGUUUAACGCUUUCAAGACGGUGAUGGAGAUUGACACUAUGGGAACUUUCAACACCAGUAAAGUCGUCUAUGACAAAUGGUUCAAAGAUCACGGCGGCUCCAUCGUCAACAUUUCCGCCACGCUGGGAUACAGAGGUCAGGCUCUCCAGGUGCAUGCUGGGUCGGCGAAGGCGGCAAAUGAUGCCAUGACGAAGCAUUUGGCGGUCGAGUGGGGCCCCAGCGGCGUGAGGGUGAAUACAGUGGCUCCAGGGCCCAUCUCUGGCACAGAGGGAUACCGUAGACUAGGUGGUUCACAGUCUGAGUCGGCGGGGAUGUUCCGCAGCAUCCCGCUGCAAAGAGCCGGCAAUAAGACGGAGAUCGCUCAUGCCGUUCUUUUCCUGGCCAGCCGCGCGGCUUCAUACGUCACCGGUGCUACGCUGGUCGCAGACGGAGGGGCGUGGCUUACCUCGGCCAAUGACGUGGAGCGGCUGCUGGGUAUUAUCUCCUCUCGCUCUGCAAAACUAUGAACAGACAGCACCGCACACAGGUUUUUGGGCCGCAGAGAAAAGGAAGGAUAAAUAGCAGGAAUAUGGAGGAUGAGAUUAACAGCAGUGAACCCGCCGAUCAGGCCAACAUCUGUACAAAAGCAUCCAUGUUAUUUUUUUCACCCCAAAACUAAAAGGAAAAAAAAAAUAUAAUCUGUGUUAAGAAUAUUAAGACCAAAUUUAGCCUAAAAUUAACAUUUUUAAUAAUGCUGUUGUACUUUUUUUUUUUUUUUUUUUUAGUUGUAAAUUACAUUAUUUCACAUAAAUUAACGCAAGUCCAUAGAACAAGCUCUUACUUGGUGAUAAUGAGGUCUGAUUACAGGAACGACAGCUAUUUUGUAAUUUCCGUUCAUUUUAAGGUGAAAUAUGAUGAACGUUUUUGAGUCUCUUAAGUUUACACAACCUUUAUCAUUAUCAUUUCGAGCAUGUUUGACCUCAGUAUUAGUAAUUAUAAUGGAUUUACUUCGGAGAACAUGACCACUUCAGCACUACGUUUAACAUUUUUCAGUUACAGUAAAUGUAUAAAAUUUUAAACAACAACAAAAAAAAAAAAGUAUGUAAAAAAUGCUAAUUGUAUACGUAACGGUUAAUAAAUGUUUUAUAAUUCUUGUA